GUCCGCUUGGCUUCGGCGUCGGCGUCGCUCCCGCGCUGGGGCACUAGGCCGGCCUCUGUCCGCGGGCCGCGGUUAAGUGUCGGUGGCGGAGGGCGCGUGAAGGGCCGCCAGCCGCGCGGCGUCGGCCGUGGCGUCGGGGUCGUUGUGUCGUGACAACGACUCCGGUAGCCGUCUCCGCGACAGCAGGUGCGGCCGCUUUAGCCCCAGGCGGGCUCAGCGGCUGCCUGGCGAGUCUGUGGCUCGCACCCAGCCCUUUCCUUCCUGGAGCCAGCGCCAAGCAGCGACGCUGAGCCGACCGCCGGAGCGGCGGGCAAUGGCGGCCUCGACGGCCUCGCAUCGGCCCAUCAAGGGGAUACUGAAGAACAAGAGUUCUACGACUUCCUCUGUGGUGGCCUCGGACGAGCAGCCCGGCAGGAGUGUCGACGAAGAGCUGAGUAAAAAAUCCCAGAAGUGGGAUGAAAUGAACAUCCUGGCGACAUAUCAUCCAGCAGACAAAGACUAUGGUUUAAUGAAAAUAGAUGAACCUAGCACUCCUUACCAUAGUAUGGUAGGUGAUGAUGAAGAUGCAUUGAGUGAUUCAGAAACCACUGAAGCCCUGACCCCAGAUAUCUUAGCUAAGAAAUUAGCUGCUGCUGAAGGCUCAGAGCCAAAGUAUCGGGUUCAUGAACAAGAAAGCAGUGAAGAUGAGGACAGUGACCUCUCACCUGAAGAACAAGGUAAAAAAAAGCGACAGUUUGAAAUGAAAAGGAAGCUUCACUACAAUGAAGGACUGAAUAUUAAAUUAGCUAGACAAUUAAUUUCAAAAGACCUACAUGAUGAUGAGGAAGAUGAAGAAAUGUUAGAGACUGGAGCCGAAGAAAGCAUGAACAUGGAAGAGUCAAAUCAAGGAUCUACUACAAGUGACCAACUGCAAAACAAAUCACAGAGUUCAUAGAAAAGAUUUGUUCAACACUGUAAUUGUCAGAUACAGACCCUGUUACUAUAAUACACUGCUUCUUGUUCUCAACAAUUCAUGACUUAAGUACCAGAAUGCAUACCAGUUAUUAUAUAUUGCCAAGAAUUAAAUGACUUUUGAGACUAAUUAGACUGAAAAUGCCUAAUUGAUACAUAUAUUCUUGUGCCUAGUACUUCACCACAAAUAUAGCAUAAUGUCAUCAGUCCAAAACUGCAUUACUUUUGUAAGAACACUGGUUAAUUUGUAUAUUAUAUAGCUUUUUAUGCUUUAGAGGUUAAAAUAAUAUCUUUUGGGGGGUCUAAUUUAUUUUCUUCACUUCUAGGUGUGAUAGCUCUUAUAAAAAGUGGUUUUUUUUUUUUUUAAAUCAAAAUCCAGUUGGAACAAGAGAUUAUAUAAGCUGGUAAAUAUUCAGUCAGUCUGAAAAGUAUUUUAACAUGUGUCUUCAACUUGAUUUGUCUGUUCAAUUGAAAAGGAUUAUAAGAGUAACUUGCAUUUUCUGGCCUACUAUCUUUAAAAUUCCCCUUGAGUUUCUCUAUGUUUACAAGGACAGGAUUGAAUUUUUCCUCAUCAGAACUAGCUUUUUUCACAAAUAAAUAAUCAGGUUAAACUUGCA